AUGCGGAAGGAUUUCUAUUGACAUUCAUCCCUUCCAACGUGUGUUGCCACAUUCUACCGGUAGCAUCCGAGGGAUUUAGGUGUGUUGUGUUUUCGUUCUAGUUUUGGUCACUUUUUGGUAUCGAAAUGGCACAGGAAGAAGUAGGAGAAGAGACCAGCAAGUACCUGCCACAGCUCCUUGCAGAGAAGGACAGUUUGGACCCGUCAUUCGUCCAUGCAUCAAGACUUAUUGAGGAAGAAAUCUCCAAGCUUGAGAAGGAUGACAAGUCCAAGGAGCCGCCAAAGUACAAGGAGGUGCACACAGACAAACCAUACCGCAUCUUGGAGAGAGUCCUCAUUCCUAUCAAAGAGUAUCCAAAGUUCAACUUUGUUGGGAAGCUCUUGGGUCCAAAGGGUAACUCGUUGAAGCGCCUACAGGAAGAGACUCGCACCAAGAUGUCUAUUCUGGGCAGAGGAUCCAUGAGAGAUAAGAAGAAGGAGGAGGAGCUCAGAGAGUCCAAAGACCCGAAGUACCUGCACUUGAAUGAGGAGCUGCAUGUGUUGGUUGAGGCGUUUGGUCACGUAGCAGAUGCUCACCAGAGAAUUGCACACGGCGUGGCCGAAGUGAAGAAAUUCCUUGUACCUACACAUAAUGACAAGAUUGCACAACAACAGAUGGAAGAGAUGCAGUAUGUUGGGGGCGACGCGAAUGGUGGCAUGACUUCUCCAAGAGGCCGUGGUCGCGGCCGUGGCGGUCCGGGCGGUCCGAUGUCCCGGGGAGGGCGAGGAGGUGCACGAGGAGCUCCUGCUGGUAGGGGUGCACCGCCUGGCAGGGGUGCACCUGCACCUGCAGGUGGGUCACGUCGUGGAGGCCCACCUGGUCGUGGUGGCCCAGGGCUGAGAGGUGCCCCGAGUUACCGAGGGUCCGGCCGAGGUGGCAUGGACAGUUCCAUGGGAGGAGGAUACGGACAGGAGAGCACAGGAGACUAUGGAGGUGGCCAGGGCUUCCGCAGUGGCAGCAGGGGUGGUGGAUACAACCAACAAAGCAGCGCAGACUACGGAUAUGAGGAGUCCAGCUAUGACCAGGGGUAUGAUCAGGGGUAUGACCAGGGAUAUGGUGGUGGCUCCAGUGGAGGAGGUGGAUACAGUGAAACACAAUCGUACGACUAUGGCCAUGGAGCAAGCUCAGACUCCUACGGUGGAGACUAUGGUGGUGACUAUGGUAGCAGCAGUGCUGACCGCUGGGGCGGCAGCGGAGGGGCCGGUGGUCUCAGUGGUGGCCCCACCCGCCUGAAGGCUCCCGGACCCCGCAGCAUGAAGGGGGCCUACAGAGACCACCCCUACGGCGGGGGCAGCGGGUACUAGAAGAGAAGCGCACGUUGCCUGAGGGGUGACACAACAACGCGAGUGACUGACCGACCAUCAGCCUCACCACCACAGCCAGUUCCAAUGUAAAUCAGUUGUACUUUUGUAUUUUUCGGUUUGGUUUCCAGGUUAAGGUUUUAUUGUAAUUACGCCCAUAGUGUUAAACUGGUGAGUGAUGCGUUAGAAGACCCACUUUUAAAAGUUUUAUUUUUGUACCUUGGUUUCCCAAGCAACCUAGUGGGUUUUUACAUGUACACAAAGCAGUGUAUUGGGUAGUCAUUCCAUUACACCAUAGGCGAACUGUUAAAUAUGCAUUACUGAAACCUACAACCUUGCCCUAGAUUACAAAGAUAAAAACACAGUGUUGUCAAGAAUUAAUGUCCACCGUGCCCCAUGAUGUUUUCCUUCCUAAUGUGUAUGUAAUAACUGCAACGCUAGUGCCAUCUGCCCAGCUUGGCUGUCGGCUUAAGAAGAUAAUGUCAAAUGUAUACCCUUAAAAAGAGUAAACCCCGUAACCCCCCAUGUUACCUUGUUGUAAAGUGGACUGAAGCCAAAACCUUUGUGCUCAUGAGUCUUGUGAAUAAUGCAGAAAAUGUUAGCUAGGUACAUGUAACGUGUAGGCAUUAUUAGAGAGUAUUAGGGUAAUCGGUCCAAGGAGGCCAUGUAAAGACGAGAUAACCGCCAUUUGAAAGUGAUGCUAGUUGCCAUUAAUGUCGUGUGUAAUACUGUGUAAUGGGCUUUAAACAGUUGUAAGUUGGAUCUCAUCUCUACAAGUUUGUUUUUCACAGGUUCGAAAGUGCGAGAAAUUCCUGCAUAACAAAUAAAGCGCCAUUUAAAUGUCCUCUGUAAACAGUU